AGAUAACACAACAUAUGUCGCGUCCUAUGUAUAACCGGCCUAAGGCUAACAAUCUUUAUUAAUAUUUUGUCGGUGCCUUUACCUACCUGAAAAUAAAGAUAACUCAACGAUAGAAAACGCAGACUUAUCAACGAGUACAUACGACUGCAGAACUGUCAAAGCUGUCAAAGUGAAGUAGGGGAUGUAAUGAUUAGUCAAAAUUAAUUUAUUGGAAUUGUAACGAUUCUUAUAUUACAAUGGAAGAACAAGGCAAACCAACUGUAGUGUUUCAUCCAAUUAUUUCUUCUAUACAAAAAAUUGCGCUAUAUGAAACAAAAUCUCGAUUUUAUCUAAUGGGCUCGAACAAUACAUUAACUCGUUUCCGAGUUUUGAAAAUCGAUAGGAUGGAACCAAGAGAAUUAGUUGUAGUGGAUGAUAAAAGGGAAUACACUCAGGAUGAAAUAAAAGAUCUGGUCAACAUGAUAGAUAUGGGUAAUCGGACAAGAGCUGGGCAACGUAACAAUAUAGGUGGUGUUGCACGUGUUGUAUCUGCCUUUGGAAUUGUUGGCAACAAUAAUAAAGAACCUGCACCCAGUACGAGUAGAUCAGAAGAGGCUGAACAACAAGAAUCACAAAAACCAUUGCACAAACCAACACAAAUUAAAUUUAACUGGAAGAAUAUGUGGCAGAGAAACACUUUUCCCAGGCUAGUGCCAGCUUUUGGUCUCCUUGGUUUCGUGCGUUUCCUGGAGGGGUAUUAUAUAAUCCUGGUUACAAAACGUCGUAGAGUUGCAGUCGUUGGACAUCACACAAUUUACAAAAUAGAGGAUACUGCAAUGAUAUAUAUACCAAACGACAUCAUACGGCUCUUCCAUCCGGACGAGCAGAGAUACGUCAAGAUGUUUCAAAGUAUCGAUCUCAGCAGUAACUUUUACUUCAGUUACUCGUACGACAUGUCGCAUACUUUUCAAAGUAACAUGGCACCACCGAGACACAUUAAAUCUGACAUUUCCACUGAUAUGUUUGCCGGCCGCAAAGAAUCCGACGAAUCGGAAGAUUCUGAUGACUUUUUUAACAUGUGGGCAUUUAGGAAAGAUUGGCAGGCUGAAUGCGAGGGUGAGAAAUAUGUGGAUUACGGUAUACGUAGCAACCCGCAUCGUCGCUUCGUGUGGAACUCUCACCUCCUGAAACCCGUGGAGAAAGAUCUACAUCCUGACUGGAUAUUAUACAUAAUACACGGCUUUAUCGGUCAGUCAAAUGUGAGCAUUUUUGGGAGAUCCAUGUACGUUACUAUUAUCGCAAGAAGAAGUAACAAGUAUGCGGGUACCCGGUUUUUAAAACGCGGCGCAAAUUUCGAUGGGGACGUUGCCAACGAGGUAGAAACGGAACAAAUCGUUCACGACUCCGGCGUGAGCUCGUUGAGUAAAGGACGCUUCAGUUCUUUCGUACAGCUGCGCGGGUCAGUGCCUGCUCACUGGAGUCAGGACGUGAGCAAAAUGGUUCCCAAACCGACUAUAACUUGUGACUUAGCCGACCCUUACGUGGAAACGGCAGGAGCACACUUCAAUAAAUUGUUGAGAAGAUACGGAUCGCCAAUAAUAAUAUUAAAUCUAGUGAAGAAACGGGAGAAGAAGAAACAUGAGAGCACAUUGAGCGAAGAGCUGAGCAUGGCUGUGAAAUACUUAAAUCAGUUUCUACCUUUGGAGCACCAUAUUCAGUACAUAAGUUUCGAUAUGGCACGCAUGAGUAAGAGAAAGGAAGUGAACGUCAUGAGGCGUUUAGCAAACAUCGCUCACAAUGCAGUGUUGAAGACUGGUAUUUAUCAGUCGCACAACCCGUAUUACAAUCAGAGAUACCUAUUCUCACCGCAAAACAAUAACACAAGGAAAAUUCACAAGACGUACUCAAGCUCGACUUUGUCGUCUAAUUUGUGUGACGCCAGAUGUUCCACUAACACGUCCAUUAAGACUGACUAUAGCAGGCAAACGAACUCUCUGUGCGGUUCCGAUUCCAGCACAUAUGUCAAUCGAACGAGCGAAUUGCACCAGGUCGAAAGCAAAGUGAGGGAAUGUUUCACCAGGAGAGGAACCUUGCAAACCGGGAUCAUCAGGACAAAUUGCGUAGAUUGUUUAGAUCGCACCAACACGGCACAAUUCGCGAUAGGGAAAUGCGCCUUGGGAUUCCAAUUGUGUGCUCUGGGUGUAUUGGAGUCUCCUAAACUCGAAUUUGAUUCCGAUUGCGUGAGAAUGCUGGAAGAAUUGUACGAGGAUCACGGGGAUACUCUGGCUUUGCAGUACGGCGGGUCACAAUUGGUGCACAGAAUUAAAACGUACAGGAAAACUGCACCGUGGACUAGUCAAGGUAACGACAUUAUGCAAACUUUAAGCAGAUAUUACAGUAAUACGUUUAGCGACCAAGAGAAGCAGCACACGAUUAAUCUGUUUCUGGGAUUGUUUGUACCUGAAGAAGGCAAACCUCCAAUAUGGGAACUUUUGACAGAUUAUUAUCUGCACCAUCCACCCGCCUGUCGGUACUUGCGUAAGACAAAGCUCCUGACGCAAUGGUGGGAUAAAAAUGUGUUAAAAUGUCUGCCUUAUGCGCUCGACGAGGUAACUAAAUCUUGCUCAGAAAUGAUACAUGUGCAAAACUCUAUUGAAGAAAUGAUUGACGUUUAUUAUGACUAUCACAGGCCAUAUGAAUUGUCUUUGCUGUCUGAAGUAUAUGCAUAUAAAAUAAGUCACUCAGUCAGAGACUUCAUGCCGCACUUCACUACCUGCUACAGUCCUUUUGCCGUUCGUGUACGACCAGGUAGACGGAGAGAAGAAGCGGGUAGUAAAAAUUUAAAUAUGAAAAAUCCAUCUAUGACUGGUCAGAGCAGUACGAGCAGCACAACGUCCAGCGCGAGCUCGAGCGAGGAUUCAAGCUCGGAUGAAGAUGAAAGUCAUCAACAGAUGGACGAUUCUCAAUUGAUAGCUUCUAAAGACAGUUCGGAACUAAUGUCCUUUGAGUCUUUGUUUCCAUCUAUGAAAGAAGUAUAUGGCACACAACCAGAAUAUCCAAAACGAAACGAUAUCAUUCUUUAUAAAAGAUUUGUUCUAAUAGGACGCAACGCAACAUAUUCUAUGGAUCAUACUAAAUUACGCUCAAAAUUGAUACAACAAACAUCUUUUCCUGAAUCUACAGCUCCUGUUAUUACAAUACCUGCUGUUAAAGAUGCAAGCAUAAGUAUAUAUGAACAAUAUGUAAAAAGAGCUACAAGAGGUGGUUCUAUACCAAACCCAAAUGAUAUGAAUUUAUACGAGACUUAUGUUGCUCAGCACAAACUAUUCAUGGAACAAGUAUGUUCUCGAUAGAAGUAUAAGUCAACAUCAUCCAAGUUAUUUUAUAAAUAGAAAUAAUUGCAUGUGUAUAUAU